CUUGAAUGUGACGGGAAAAAGGAGUAGCGCAGAGCGAACUUGACUCAAAUUAAGUUUAAUCCUUUUUAAUUACUCACCGCGAUUUUACUGAGUAAUACUUAUCGCCGUGGCGGGAUUUUUUUAUUUCUCCCUCUAAACGGAAGGACGACACAAAAAAGGCGAUACAUCUGUGGAAGUUUACUUUGUUUUGCUGUCUUUUUUCAUUUAUACGUCUGUUUUGUAAAUAGUCUUGACUGGAGACGCAUCAACGCCGCUGUCUAUUGUUUUUUAGUCGAGUUUCGUUUGGUGCCGUUCAAGUUUUCUGAUCACCUGAGACAGUUUUCACUUCUUCCUCAUCAGGACUGGAUGUGUUUUGCGCUUCAGCAUCGACUGUCGGUUAUUUAUUGCGUGAAUGUGCUCUCCUGUAGAAGGAAAAACAAACGUGCGGAAUCACCUGUAAGCGCUUCAAAUCGGCUGCUUUCACCUGCAAACAGGUACUGCGUGCGCGUGUGUGUGUUUACCAGCUCUAAUGGUAGGAGCUAGCAAACCUCACCUGUGAGAGGAUCGAACCGCCUCACCAUGACAGAGGUCCAGAACCCAUGGCCUCAGGGCACAGAGUGUGUGGCCAGGUAUAACUUCAAAGGCACAACAGAGCAGGACCUGCCCUUUAACAAAGGAGACGUGUUGACUAUCAUUGUUGUCACAAAGGAUCCAAACUGGUACAAGGCUAAAAAUUCUGCGGGCCGCGAGGGAACGAUCCCAGCCAACUAUGUCCAGAAAAGGGAAGGUGUGAAAAGUGGGGGAAAACUGAGUCUAAUGCCGUGGUUUCAUGGCAAGAUAACUCGGGAUCAGGCGGAGCGGUUGCUUAACCCCCCUGAGACAGGCCUGUUCUUGGUGCGGGAAAGCACUAACUUCCCUGGCGACUACACUCUGUGUGUGAGCUGCGACGGUAAGGUGGAGCACUAUCGCAUUAUCUACCACAACGGCAAGCUCACCAUCGAUGAAGAGGUCUAUUUUGAAAACCUCAUGCAGCUUGUAGAGCACUACACCAAAGAUGCUGAUGGCCUCUGCACCAAACUAAUCAAGCCAAAGCUGGAGGAAGGGACGGUGGCUGCGCAGGAUGAAUUUUCCAGGAGCGGCUGGUCGUUGAGCAGAAAAGACCUCAAACUGCAGCAGGUUAUUGGAAAAGGAGAAUUUGGAGAUGUGAUGGUGGGAGACUACAGAGGGACCAAAGUAGCUGUGAAGUGCAUCAAAAAUGACGCCACAGCGCAGGCCUUUAUUGCAGAGGCUUCGGUCAUGACGCAACUACGGCACGAUAACCUGGUACAGCUGCUUGGAGUGAUUGUGGAAGAGAACGGAAGUCUUUUUAUAGUUACUGAGUAUAUGGCAAAGGGCUGUUUGGUUGACUAUUUACGUUCCAGAGGCCGGACAGUACUUGGUGGAGAAGCUCUCCUACAUUUUGCAUUAGACGUCUGUGAAGCCAUGGCGUAUCUGGAGACCAAUAACUUUGUUCACCGAGACUUAGCCGCACGAAACGUUCUCGUGUCAGAGGACAACAUGGCUAAAGUCAGUGAUUUUGGCUUGACCAAGGAGGCCUCUUCCACUCAGGAUACCGCUAAGCUCCCCGUGAAGUGGACGGCACCUGAAGCACUGAGAGAAAAGAAAUUUUCCACCAAAUCAGAUGUUUGGAGCUACGGUAUUUUGCUGUGGGAGAUUUAUUCUUUUGGCCGAGUUCCUUAUCCGAGAAUUCCAUUAAAGGAUGUAGUGCCUCGAGUGGAGAAAGGCUACAAAAUGGACUGUCCUGACGGCUGUCCUGAAGUCGUGUAUAACAUCAUGAAACAGUGCUGGAACCUGGAUCCCGCCGCCCGACCAAGUUUUCAGAUGUUGAAAGAGUGGCUUCAGCAUAUCACCCAAGGGAUGGGAAAAAGACAAUGAGGGAUCUGACAAAACAGACACAACAUAGAUCCUCUUUUUUUCAUUUUGACCACUGAGACCAUAACUGUGGAAUUAAAAAAAAAAAAUCUCACAAGGACUGUACAAUUUGGCAAAAUUCACAACAAAUACUGUUUUCUAGUGCUUUUUUAGCAAACAUCAGGUUGUUCAGACUGCAAUGACUUUCUUAGUCGAGUGGCGCCAUCAGGUUUGUCUCAUCUCGUCUUCUUGCACUUUGUUAUCCAGAGUGAAUGAUUAACUGUCAUCAACAAGUCUGUCCUUAGAACACAGUGCUGCCUCAGAACCAGUGCCUUGACGUGCUUCCACGUCUUUUUUUGUCCUUUACAUCAAUAUCCUUAACGUAAAGGUAGUGUCCUUUUAUUUUCACGAACCUGUAAAAAGUAACUUAAUUUGACUCAGCCGACUGAAUCUGUUUAAAACUGAAAGAUGCUUCAAUAGUAGAAUUGCAAUUUUGAUACGUCAUUGUCUUUUUUGGGGAAUUUUUCUCCUAAUGAUAUCAGGUACACCAUUUUUGCAUGAAUGUUGGAUUUUUUUUGCUUAAAGGACAAAAUUUCAAAGAAAGAAUAAUAAUUGUCCAACUUUAUCUUUUUUCUCUUGUAUGAUAUUAAAUGUUUUAUGACUACGUUUUCAUCCUCCCAUGAGUCGAAAAGGAAAAGGUUUUUCAUCUGACAUCCUAAAAUGUUUUAUCAGACAAUUUUUUGGGAUUUGAGCAAACUAUCAGGAUUUUGUCAGAAAGAGAAACAGAGAAUGUUAAUACUUGUACUGUACUGUCGUUUUCAACAAUAAAAAAACAAACAAAAAAA